AUGUACUAUAUAAGAAGCGUGCGUCACGUUGCAGCGUCAUUUGCGUUUGCAGCGGUUGUAAUCUCUUCUGUUGUUGCUUGUAAGAUGCCACCAAAAGUUUCUGCUAAAGGUGCAAAGAAAGCUGUCAAAGCUCAGAAGCCGAAGACUGGUGGGAAGGCGAAAAGACGCUUGAGGAAGGAGUCCUAUUCGGUUUAUGUAUAUCGGGUGCUCAAACAGGUACAUCCAGAUACCGGCAUCUCGUCCAAGGCAAUGUCGAUCAUGAACUCGUUCGUUAAUGACGUAUUUGAGCGAAUUGCGGCUGAAGCAAGCCGGUUGGCCCAGUACAACAAACGAACUACUAUUUCGUCCCGUGAAAUCCAAACGGCAGUUAGGCUGAUUCUGCCUGGUGAGCUGGCGAAGCAUGCAGUUUCGGAGGGCACGAAGGCAGUCACGAAAUACACUAGCUCAAAAUAA